CGCUGCUGAACGCGACGCGGGGUUGAGCGCCGCCGCAGUCACGCGCUGCAGGGCGCGAGCGAUGCGGAGCGACGCUUCAGUCAUUCACCCGCGCGCUCACCGGGCAAACACGGCCACGACAUGGCAGAGAGGAGCAGAGGAAAGCGGAGGAAACAGGCGAACCCGCGGAGAAACCAAGGUGAGCCGGAGCGCUGUCUGGGCUCUGAGGGCGAGGAUGAGGGCAGUGUUUGGGGGAUGGAGGUUCUGGACAGCAGAGAUGCUCAGGAUAAAGUCAGUCUGACACCCAGCGAGGGCACGGAGCCCGGCAGUCCCGUCCCGUGUGAGGAGAUCUGGGCCGACACCGAAACACACCGCUGAAAACCCCAGCCGCAGACCCUGAACACUGUCAGACUGACGCUCGAGUGAUGGACGGCGCGCCGCAUUUCGACACCGUGGUGCAGCUGAGGAAAGUAUCUCGCCUGCAACAGCACAACGGAGUCGUGAGCUCGUACCAUUUAGACGACGCUCAGGGCGAGAUGUCGCCCGUCUGCUGGUCACCAGGAGAACACGAGUCACCCGAGGGCAAAGACGGUGUUCAGGCGUCUCUGCGGGAACAUGUGAAGUUCUGUCAGGACAGGGAUGGAGGAGACAGUGUGUGUCCUCUGUGUGGAUACAGUACACCGCACCGCGCUCAGAUGGAGCAUCACUUAACCCUCCACAGCCAGACGCACCAAAAGAGCCCCAUGUCCGAGUCCGGUUCGGAGAACAGGAAGUUCAAGUGUAAUCAGUGUGGAAAGGCUUUUAAAUACAAGCAUCACCUCAAAGAGCACCUGCGGCAUUCACAGCGGAAUCGUGACCAGAACAUUCCUGCGACAGAUUCAUCACGGAAUUCCACACCUCAUGCCAAAGUCGAUGAUGUUAAAUAUCUGUGUUUCUCCGCAGGUGAGAAGCCGUACGAAUGCUCGAGCUGUAAGAAGCGUUUCAGUCACUCGGGCUCCUACAGCUCACACCUCAGCAGUAAGAAGUGCCUCAGCGGCGGCACGCUGGAAACGGAGCUCAUUAUAACGGGUACCUCUUCCCGUCGCCCACAUCGCCCCUGCUGUCAGCCGGAGGAACAGCAGCCGAGGGAAGAGAUCUCCGUACGGGCCGCUGGCUCAGUUCCCGCUGGAGUCGUCUGUUCCCGUCCUGAGCCGGUCGUGGGACCCGGCGGAGGAUCUGGCGCUCAGGGCGG